AUGGAUGGGGGAACAGAAAAUAUUUCAACAGAAAGCCCUGUGGUGAUUGUCAACCCCUCAUGCGAGGGCAAACCCGCAGAAAACGCAAGUAAGUUUGUUGCAUGGCUAGACAUGGUAAACCCGACAGUCUCAAAAGACGUGCAGUACGCCGUGUUCGGCCCAGGCAACAGCAAAAUGGAUGAACGCAUCCCAUCGCAUACCGAAGGUGGUGGAUGGGACGAUGGUCAAGCCCGGGGCCAAGAUAAAAAUCUUGGCCUACCUAUUGUUCUCCCAACAAACCCGCCGAAGCUAAUUCACCGCGCGGCCUUGAGGACCGUAAUUGAGAUUCCUCGGCACACGCGUGGAGUUGGCGACACCAGCUUCAAAGAUAUGGGAAUAAUCGUCCAGAUAGCCAACGAAAGCGACAUGCGCAAACUACAAUCCCUCGUAUCCUCCGAAGAUGCAUUCACGAAGACAGCCAUCGAGAAGCGGGUGGCGGUCCUUGGUCUUCCGGAUGAUCAUCCCGGUGCCACGCUCUCCUUUGCCGCAUACCUCGAUGUGCUCCGCCUGCGUGUAGCAACAGCGGCCGUCAAUUUCACGGCGUCGCCUCGACGUGUCUACUUACUCCCAUCAUCAUGGUCGCAGCGGGCACGGGGCUAA